CCGCCCACGGCGGUCCGAGCUGCAUGAGCUCGGGUUCGCGGUGAUUCCCGCCGCGGGCAUGUGGAUUUCGCUGGUCUGGAUCCGCGGCUGCGUCGGCGUCACCUUCGUCGACUGCUUGGGCGGGAGGGAAGGCGCCUAGAUCUCCCGGCCCCAGCGGUUGCCGCGCGCGCAUUUCGGCGAGUUCAGUAAGGUUGGUUCCAGAGCCAGCUUCCGCUAGGGUCUCGUAUGGAGGCGGCCAGGGUCGGGGCGCAGAGCCGCCACUUGUACGGCGGCGAGCUUGACCAGGCCAGGCGCGAGAAGAGGGUGUUCGGCUGGGACCUCAACGACUGGAGCUGGGACAGCGACCGCUUCGUCGCCACGCCGGUGCCCGCGGCAGUGGCGGCGCACGGCCUCUCGCUCAACAGCUCGCCUUCUUCCUCCGAGGAGGCCGGGGUGGUUACGAACGGUGGCGUGAUAGCUGGCUUUGAUAAGAGGAAGCGAGUGGUGGUCAUUGAUGAUGACGACGACGAGAAGGAUGAGUACCCGGUGGCGAACAGUCGCGAGGCGCUCAGCUUGAGAAUCGGGGGCGGGGGUGCGGUGGAGGAUGGCGCUGUUAAUGAGGAGGACAGAAAUGGUAAGAAGAUCAGGGCGCAGGGGGGAAGCUCGAAUGGUCCGGCUUGCCAGGUGGAGGGAUGCUGGGCGGACCUUAGUGCGGCCAAGGAUUACCAUCGGCGGCACAAGGUCUGCGAGAUGCAUGCUAAGGCCAACACCGCGGUUGUCGGAAACACUGUCCAGCGCUUCUGCCAGCAAUGUAGCAGAUUUCACCUUCUUCAAGAAUUUGAUGAAGGAAAGCGAAGUUGUCGUCGGCGUCUAGCAGGCCAUAAUAAACGGAGGAGGAAAACCCGCCCUGAAAUUGCUGUUGGCGGGAGUCCUAUUGAAGACAAAGUUAGCAGUUAUUUGUUGCUGAGUCUUCUUGGAAUAUGUGCCAAUUUGAAUGCUGAGAAUGCUGAGCAUUUACAAGGUCAGGAGUUGCUAUCCAACCUCUUGAGAAACCUGGGGACUGUUGCCAAAUCAUUGGAUCCAAAAGAACUUUGUAAACUUCUGGAGGCAUGUCAGAGCAUGCAAAACGGAUCAAAUACUGGGACCUCUGGAGCAGCUAAUGCGUUGGUGAAUACUGCUGCAGCAGAGACUGCAGGACCAUCUAACUCCAAGGUGCCUUUCGCGAAUGGUGGUCAAUGUGGGCAGACUCCAUCUGCGGUUGUACCAGUACAGUCAAAGGCUAUCAUGGUGGCAAGUCCUGAGACUCCAGCUUGCAAGUUGAAGAAUUUUGAUUUGAAUGACACUUGCAAUGAUGUGGAAGGCUUUGAGGAUGGUUCGAAUUGCCCAUCAUGGAUACGGCAAGAUUCGACCCAAAGCCCACCACAGACUAGUGGUAAUUCAGAUUCAACGUCGGCUCAGUCACUGUCAAGCUCAAAUGGAGAUGCUCAGUGUCGGACUGAUAAAAUUGUAUUCAAGCUUUUUGAGAAAGUUCCUAGCGAUUUACCUCCAAUUUUGCGAUCACAGAUUCUUGGUUGGUUGUCCACUAGCCCUACUGAUAUAGAGAGCUAUAUUAGACCUGGCUGUAUUAUCCUGACAGUAUAUGUUCGGUUAGUUGAGUCGACAUGGAGAGAGCUCUCUGAGAAUAUGAGCUUAUACCUGGAUAAUCUUUUGAGUAGUUCCACUGAUAACUUUUGGGCAUCUGGUUUGGUAUUUGUGAUGGUACGGCAUCAACUUGCUUUUAUGCACAAUGGUCAAGUUAUGUUGGACAGACCACUGGCACCUAAUUCUCAUCAUUACUGCAAGGUUUUAUGUGUUAGUCCAGUUGCUGUUCCUUAUUCAGCGACAGUUAAUUUCAGGGUAGAAGGCUAUAACUUAGUCAGUACUUCCUCGAGGCUAAUAUGCUCAGUCGAGGGACGUUGUAUAUUUGAGGAAGACACAGCUGUUGUGGCUGAUGACACUGAUCAUGAAGAUAAUGAAUAUCUCAGCUUCUCUUGUUCUCUCCCUGGUUCAAGAGGAAGAGGAUUCAUAGAGGUUGAAGAUAGUGGAUUUAGUAAUGGUUUCUUCCCUUUCAUAAUUGCCGAGCAGGAUGUAUGCUCUGAGGUUUGUGGGCUGGAGAGCAUAUUUAAUUUAUCUAGUCAUGAACAGGCAGAUGAUGACAAUGCCAGGAGCCAAGCUUUUGAGUUUCUAAAUGAGCUGGGCUGGCUUCUUCAUAGAGUAAACAUGAUUUCUAAGCAUGACAAAGCAGAGCUGCCUGCAGCGACCUUUAACCUGUUGAGAUUCAGGAAUCUUGGUAUAUUUGCCAUGGAGCAGGAGUGGUGUGCUGUGACCAAAAUGCUGUUAGAUUUAUUAUUUGAUGGAUUUGUUGAUACUGGGUUGCAAUCUCCAAAAGAGGUGGUAUUAUCAGAAAAUUUGCUGCACAGUGCUGUGCGAGGGAAAUAUGCCCGAAUGGUUAGAUUUUUGCUGAGAUACAAGCCAAACAAAAAUCUACAGGAAACUGCUGAGACAUACCUAUUCAGACCUGAUGCUCGGGGCCCUUCUACAUUUACACCACUGCAUAUAGCAGCCUCUACUAGUGAUGCAGAUGAUGUAUUGGAUGCAUUGACUGAUGACCCUGGACUGGUUGGACUCAAUGCCUGGAGAAAUGCGCGAGAUGAGACAGGCUUCACCCCUGAAGACUACGCUCGCCAGAGAGGCAAUGAUGCAUACAUGAAUCUGGUCCAGAAGAAGAUUGAUAAGCAUCUUGUCAAAGGUCAUGUUGUCCUUGGUGUUCCCAGCAGCAUGUGCCCUGUAAUAACUGAUGUGGGGAAGCCCGGUGAUAUUAGCCUCGAGAUCUACCAAAGCAGGACAAUGUCGCCAUCAUCCGCCCCAAGGUGCAACAUCUGCAGUCGGCAGGCUCGGAUGUACCCCAGUUCGUUUGCAAGGACCUUCCUGUACAGACCAGCAAUGUUCACGGUGAUGGGUGUCGCCGUGAUCUGUGUUUGUGUCGGCAUACUCCUUCAUACCCUACCCAAGGUUUACGCAGCACCAAAUUUCAGAUGGGAGCUGUUAGAGCGAGGGGCAAUGUGAGGAUUUUGGGUCAAAAUAAGUAUAGAUGUAUUGUUGUUAAGUUAAGAGUCUUAGUGUGGUGGCUAGAUCAAACAAAUGUAAUUGUGUGGGGGAGGAAGAUCUUUUGUAUUUAAAGGAUUAUUUUGGCUGCUAUAAGCUAAAAAUACCGUUAAUAAUAAUUGAUUGUACUUAAUACA